AUGGUGAGAGCGUGUCAGAGAGCAAAUGGUGAGAGCUUGUCAGAGAGAGAGCUUGUCAGAAAUCAGAGAGCAAAUGCUCCGACCGUUGUCGUAAAUAAGUCCGUCACGGUGUUUGCGUCCUUAGGCAACCAUCCAUAUCUCUACUGUGGUGUCCGUUAUGAUAAGAAAGUCAACGUCACGUAUCGUUGGUAUUUUAGAGGUCAACAGAUACUUAGAGAUGACUCAAGACGCAGCAUUGACAGCGAAGGUCGGCUCACUAUACGUGAUGUAUUCCAAAGGGAUAAUGGUGUCUAUCGUUGCGAUUCAUCAUCGUCUGUCGGCGAUUACUCCACCACUAUCGAACUGAAAGUUCAAGCUCCUCCUUUUGCAACAACUGCUCCGAAAGUGUCCGACAUACGCCCUGAUUCAGUCGUCCUACAAUGGAGUGCCGGUGACGAUGGCAACAGUGCAAUACAUCAUUUUAAAAUUGGCAUUAAAGUGCCGGUAAACGGGACAGAGAGAACCUUGAGGAAUGAUGUGAUAGUGUCUGGAACGAUCAAGAGAUACCAAGUUCCAGGCCUUGCUCCUAACACGUACUAUCAGUUUCGUAUUAGAGCUGUCAACUCAGUCGGAAAUAGUCCUUGGAGCUAUUACUCAAAACAAAUUAAAACUCGCGAAGCAGCUCCGUCUUAUAAGCUUCAACAAGUUAGAGGACUUUCAAGAACGAAAACCAGCAUUGAGGUUACCUGGGAGGCGCCACCUGCCUAUACCCACAAUGGUGUGCUACGUGGGUAUUACGUAUCAUGGAAGCACGCUGGCGUCAAGUCUGGUACAUUCACCACACAUAGAGUAACGCCUGCAAGCAAGAGGAAAUACUUGAUUCAAAAUCUGUUUUCUAACUCACGAUAUGAAGUUAAAGUUCAGAUGUUUAACGACGCUGGUGGUGGCCCAUUCAGCGAUCCAGUUGUGCUUCGAACUAAAGAAGAAGUUCCCAGCAGCCCUCCCCGAAAUCUCCUCGUACUAAACGUCUCGUCUCGUUCUGUACUACUGCAAUGGGACGACCCACCUCAACAGGACUGGAACGGACAACUCUCUGGGUAUACUGUUCUCGUGCGUGAGUUUAAUACUGAAAUUGAACAACGGCUAUUUGCAUCUCGCGAUCCCUCAACGUUCACCCAAUGUUGGGGCAGCUCAUACUCGAAUGAAGUACAAGUUAGGACAACAGAAGAUGUUCCCAGUGCUCCGCAACGGUUGCAGAUCGUCGAUCAAUUCUCUGAUACAAUUAGCGUAAACUGGUUACGACCACGUGAAGUGAACGGCGUUCUUAUUGGCUACACGGUUAAGUAUUGGAAAGUUGAUCAAUUCGGUACGCCGAUCGGUAACCCAAUGACUGAUGAGGUUGCGGGUAAUGCCCUUCAGGCUGGUAUCACAAAUUUAGACUCUAGAUCGAGUUAUAUAAUUGAGGUUGCAGCAAAGACAAAUGCUGGCGUCAGCAAGUCGGCAAGAAUUCAAGGACGUACUCAAGAUGUGGCAGUUCAACCUGGGCCUCCAAGCAAUCUUCGUUCCCUUGAAACCAACGCUACGACACUUAAGCUAACAUGGCGCGAGGGAUUCAAAGGAAAUUCGCCUAUCACGAAGUACCUCGUUCAAGGGAACAAUGAAACCGGCUUUGCAAAGAAUCGCGACUCCUUGUGGUUUGACGUGCUCGUUGUCAUUGAUCCAUACAAAUAUCAUAAUCUCCCACCGGUGAUCAUUGGGAGCUUACGGCCAUUCACGACAUAUCGUUUCCGAGUAAAAGCUUGGAACAAGGUUGCUGCUAGUGACUUCAGUGCAAUAUCGGGGGAAAUUACGACACAGCAAGCAGCACCCGAGUCACCACCAUUGAACCUACGAGUUAACCCCCCACGCUAUCCUGGGGAGUUGACAUUAACGUGGACGCCUCCCCCACGAGAGACUUGGAACAGCCCCUUUAUCAAGUAUACGAUCGAACUUCAAGAGCAGGGUGAACGAAAUAAUUUUACAAAGGUUGUGCAGAGCGGAAUUCGUGGAAAUGCUCGGCAAAGCAGACUGUUUUCCUUAAGUAAAUUUACCAUGUACGAAAUAACGAUGAAGACCGUCAACGAGCGCGGUGAAAGUCCUAGAACUCCUGUUGUCAUCGGUCAAACACAGGAACAUGUACCUGACCUCCCGCCCUCAAAGAUUCGGGCCAUUGCCCAAUCCGGAUCGAGUAUCUCAAUAACCUGGGAUGAGGUAGAUGAAGAGGGAAGAAAUGGUGUUAUACUUGGAUAUAAGAUAUUUUACCGUCUAGUAAAGUACGCGCCUCAAGAAUUCAAGGAAAUCAACGUGAACAAUGUGAAACAGUACACACUGGGGAAACUGCUGGGCUACUCCAAGUAUGAUGUAAGAAUUCUUGCUUAUACCCGAAUUGGAGAUGGCAAGAUGAGUGACAGGCUUAAACCUUAUCCUAUGACGUUGGAAAGCAAACCUGGACCUCCUAGCCAGUUGCGCUUCCCGACCAUAACUCCCUCUGUUGUCGUUGUGAAUUGGGGAUUACCGGAAAUGACAGGAGGCAAUAUAACGAAGUAUCGAGUCUCAUAUCGAUUGCGUGACGAUACAUCCCCACCUAUCGUUAGACCUUCUCUUGUUGGAACAAAAUACACUGACACAGUGAUUGAUCUCUCCCGUGAAAGAUACUAUAUCUUCGAAGUUGCUGCAUUCACUGUCGGUGGAGGUUGGGGAGAAAAAGCUGUGGGACAAAUAUUCACAACUCAAGGUGGAAACAUUGACGAAAAGCCAUCUAGACCCCUCAUUUUACCAAUCAAAGAUUCCCAUAUCACAUGGCGCUCGAUUCUGGUUAGAUGGGCUGUUGGUAAACGUCGCGACCAGCCAAUAAGAUAUUUCACCCUGCAAUACCGCAAAGGAGAAGGAGCAUGGGAAAGAUAUCCGAAACCCCUCUCUGGUGACUCAAAGCAAACGGUUGUCUGGGGACUAGAAUCUAGUCAACUUUUCAGCUUUGAAAUCACGGCGACCAACGAUGCUGGGGACAGUCUCCCUAGUCUUCCAUCGCCUUUUGUGAGGACAUUAAGUAAAUCUCUUCCCGGAAGUCCUCGUGACGUUCGCAUUACGUCACCAACGCCGAACUCGUUUUUGGUUUCCUGGAAGCCUCCAUUGUCAGUUGACGUUGAAGCGACUGUGGUAAAGUACGUCCUGGGCUAUCGUUUACACCAGGAAGAUAUCUUGAGUAACGUAAACUAUAUUAACUUCAACAUCCCAUCGGCAUCCAGAGAGUAUCGGCUUGCGUCACUUAGAGUGUACACGUUGUACGAUCUACAGUUACAUGCCGUCGACUCAAAUAAUAAUCCUCUACCAAGUUAUAUCGAAACAAGAAGAACUUCUGCUCGGUUACCUCCACGACCUGUCCUUCAUAGCAGUCCUAAUGCUGGUCCAACAUCCAUUACCAUAUCCUGGGAUCCUCCUACAUCAACCAGUACUCCCUUACUCGGAUACAAGGCGGACUUCAACCUUCCCUCUCGACGUCGCAGGGCCGUGAGCGUGCAAUGCGAAAGUCCACAACCUGGUGUCGCAUAUUUUAGUAAUACGUCGACUAACGGCAGGAUCGGCGGUCUGCGCAUGUACACGUCUUACGUCGUUGUGCUGAAAUCUUUUAACAGCGCUGGGGAUAGUGAACGUAGCAAUAGUAUACGUGUCACAACUGCUGAAGGAUUGCCAGGUGCGCCUGCAACUUUUGUUUUUGAUGGUGUAUACGUCACUCAAGUUCAUCUUUACUGGGAAGCUCCGUGUGAGCCAAAUGGGAUAAUUACAGAUUACAUUCUCACUGUUUUUACUGGAUUGAUUCGGAGACAGACGAUAACCAAGAAAAGUAACGAACAUACUCAUCAAGUCAUGGCAUUGACGCCAAACACGAAUUAUAGAUUUAGGCUUGUCGCAAGGACAUCGCGUGGCGAAGGCAUUCCCAAAGUUCUUGAAGUUAAAACUAAAUCCGUUAAAACGAAACCAGACCCCCCUACUAUCGUCAGUGCAACAUCACGAAGUAAUGACGUAAUACUAAUUUGGCGCGAUCAGUUUGAUGGAAACACACCUAUCACUCAAUAUAUUGUGGAGUAUCGAAGUUCGUCUGAGAAAAAUCCUUGGAGAAACGGCUGGAAUCUCAAUCCUUCUCAAACCGUACGUAACAGAACCGACGGUACACGGUCAGCGGUAUUGGAAAAUUUACAAGCUUUAACCGUUUACUGGUUUCGAAUGAUCACACGCAACGAAGCUGGUUUGUCUAUUCCUGGGGAUAGUUCUUCGUCUGUCUCGACAGGAAUAGCGAAGAGCGCAAGGCAGUCGGCUCCAGUGUACGAAGAAGUUUGGUUCAUAUCUGUAAUGGCGGUCAUUGGAUUUCUCAUUUUGCUUUUGUGCCUUAUUAUCAUCUGCUGCUGCUGCUGUUGUAAAAGACAGCGAUCACAAAGUAAGACGCUUACUCAUCCCAUUUCUAUGGAUGUACGACCGAAAAAUGGAAUGCGAUCACACCCUAAUGACGAAGAAACCUUAAGUAAUGGUAGCAGUCGUACACACAAGGAUGAGAAACCUCUGUUUGCAAUGGAAGAGAGCGAACCUGAAGACGAGGAUGAUAAAAAGGAGGAUGAGAAGGAAGAGGAUGAAGCAAGCAGCUUGGAAUCGAAGUCAGACAUAGAAAGUGAUGCAAGUUCUGAUGACAUUUCAACCAAGAAAAGAAAGAUGGAGGCUGAUUUUCGAGAGAAAGACAAACGUUUGGGGCCGAAAUUUUAUGGCUCGCAACAACUAUUUAAUUCCCCUCCGCCAGCCUACGCCACAUUUGCCAGCAAAGGCAAAGGACGUUCGGAACCAGUCCUCGACUUUGACUCGGAUGAUGACCUAAAUACAAUGCCAUAUCGUCCUCCAACCAGGCGGCCGGCGUUUCAUCAUGACGACGCAGAAAGUUCGGAAAGCUCCGAAGUUGCCAGCCGAAAACGGGGUGAUCCAAGAUCUAACAGCUUCAGACGCGCGUUGGUAACAACUGGAACAGAACCUGAACAGCCUUACAAACCAAAGCCGAAACCACGAAAAUAUCGUAGCCUCGAGCAGGCGAUGAACGACAGCUCCCGACCUCCAAAUUAUCACGAAGACGACGAUGAUGACGAUUUAGGGUCGGGUCAACCUAGUUUGCCACCAGAGUAUCGUUCGGACGACGAACGUGUAUCAUUAACCCGCAGUGCUCGGGCUGAAUCGCCCACUCCCGACUAUCAAUCGGACGAUUCGUCUGGAAAAUAUCAGUUAAUCAACGGUUCAUCGAAUCAGCCUUCAGCUUCAUUCGUGUAGUUUUAUGUAGUGUACUAAAGUAUAUUGUAGUAUUAUGUAGGACACUAUAGUAUAUUUCUACUUUGACAUCGAAUUAUGUCAUGGAAUUAUGACAUGCGUUUUAUCGUAGCUUAUGUGGUCUAAAUCGUGUAGUGGAAAGAUGAGAGAAACCCAUGCAAAAUCUAAACAGGAUUCCUGAAAUUUAAGCUUUACAAAAUGCAAUAACUGUUUUGUUAUAUGCAUUUUUUUUAUUAAUUAACGUAUGCUGUGUAUAUAUUCAAUCGCCAUAUUUAAUCAUCGCACUCUUUUUUGUAAGUUAGGCCUUGUCUCGAAGAUCUUCUAAAUGCUGAUAGAUUCGGUAAACAUUUUAAGUAAUAUUAUAAAAGCGUAGACUAUGCUUGAAUAGUUCUCAAGAAGCAGCGAUAAAAAUCUAUAUUAGAUUUUAAGUCCUACUGGGAUGUAUAAAUUUUUGUUUGUGAUGCUUGGUAUACUUUUUAAUAGCUACAUAUUUUUAUGAAACUUAUAAAAAUUAAAAGUUUGGUGCUCAUUA